AUGUCAGAAAGUACAACAGACUAUUACACAUUUCCGUAUAAAAUACAAAAAGUAUGUGUCAUAGGUGCUGGCGUCGCUGGCUUGAUAGUAGCUAAAGUCCUGAUGGAUAUUGGGUUGAAUGUAACUGUUUACGAGAGAGGAGGACAGCCUGGAGGAGUAUGGAUAUACUCUGAGGAUACUGGACCAGUGCCCUUAUUUCCGAGUACAGAUCCAAUGAUAUCCGAUCCUCCUGAAGAAGUACCAGACACCGAAUCAUCUUGUUCUUCCACCUCUCAUCAUAUCCGUAAUGUAUCUCCCAUCUAUGCCGGCCUCCGCACCAAUAUACCAACGCCAAUUAUGACAUAUUUCAAUACGUCAUAUCCACCAAAUACGCCUCUAUUCUCUAAUCACGAAGUCGUACUAUCAUACCUGAAAUCGUUCGUUGAGGAACAUAAACUAAAUGAUGUUAUUUCUUAUAACAUGGAUGUGACAAGAGUUAUCGAGAGCGAGAAUGGAUGGGAGGUUAUUACGAAGAAAUUGAAGAGAACAGAAAAUGGACCAACACAGAACGAUAAGCAAAAAAUAGAUCUUGUUGAGAGUAAUGCGAAUAUGGAAAAAAUUGGGGAGGAUCGAGAGACAAUCCCCGAUGAUAAUCGAAAAGACAUUAGCACGCACGGCAGCGAUGACGCAGAAUAUGUGGGCGAAUGGAGGGAGGAACACUUUGAUGCAGUAGUGGUCUGUACUGGUCACUAUAAUGUGCCAUAUAUUCCAGAAAUCAACGGUCUAAAAGAGUGGGCGAAUACAUGGCCUGAACGUGUACUGCAUUCUAAACAAUACCGCCGACCCGAUUUAUUUGAAGACCAGCCAACAUUGGUAAUAGGGAGCGCGGCAUCAGGAUCAGAUAUCUCACGCGAACUCGCUUCGACUUUUAAAUCACCAGUAUACCUCUCCAUACGCAGCAUAAGUCCAUUAACAAACGUCGCCGAGUCGGUAAUUGUCAAACCUAUUGUAAAGAGAUUUAUUGUAUCUUAUUCGGACAACUCCAACGAUUAUGACGAUGACAGUAGUAACUACAUUCACGAGAAAAGGAGCAUUCCUUACGGCAAAGUCGAAUUUAUAGAUGGCACAGUUAUAAAUGUGCAUAGAAUUAUUUUUGCAACGGGUUUUAUGUAUUCGUAUCCUUUCUUACACGGUAUUGAGGUUGGAAAUGGAAAGAAUGAAGACGUCAGUAAGGAGACAAUAUUGGUUACAAGUGGAGAAAGAGUCUAUAACCUGUAUAAACAGGUGUUUUAUAUACCCAAUCCGACAGUAUCCCCGGCCUCCCUGAGCCACGCGCAAGCUCUUUUGAUCUCGCACGUCUUCGCGUCCCGUGUCCAACUCCCCUCUCUCACUUCCAUGCGUAAAGCAUAUAAUUCGACUUCCAUCGAUACAAUGUUCAAAACUCCUAAAGCAUAUCAUGAAUUUGGAACUGUGAAAGCAGGCGAGUAUAUUAGGGAACUACUUGAAUGGGUCAAUAGUAGUAAGAAUGAAGAAGCUGGUGAGAAGAAGGAAGUAUUUGAGAGUUGGAGAGAAGAUAUGCAUCUUGGUGCUAAGGAGCUCAGAGCUAGAGAGCUUGGAUAUUGA